CUCGCCCUGACUGGUGACCAGCGCUCCACCACACAGUUAACAAUAAUCUCCUCACUGCAGAAAUGACUCUGGCAGGAACAUAUCUGAUAGCAGGGAGAAACCCUCUGGCAGGGAUAAAUGCGAAAGGAGGAAGAAACUCGCUGAUAUUGUUGAUGGCGGUAGUGUUGAUGGCGUCAUUAGUGACGGGAGGAGUACCGUCAGUUGUCUACGUCCCGAACAACGUCUUGGGAAACAUCUUCAUAGCAGCAGGAACAUCACUGAACACCCUGGAUACAUACUUGACCCUCAACGUGACAACCAAGUGCCAGUGUCGUGGAGUUUGCUGGUCAGACCCCCACUGCUCAGCGGCUGCUGCCACAGAGGUUAGCACUGGCAACGUAGUGUGUCAAUUGGCAAACAAGGGUCCCAUUAAUUCAAGCCUCAUUGCAGACAAGUUGUCUACAUAUUACUUCUGGAAUGUCACAGAAGCUGGUAGUUCAUACGUGGUGGGCUCAGAUAACUUCCUCUACCUCAUCAUCCGGAGCAGUUUUAACUUUAGCAAGGCCGUAGAGCUGUGUGCUAGCAUCCCAGGACACCGCAUGGCCAUACUCAAGACAAUUGCUCAGUACAACGCUGUAGUCGCUUUGAAUCUAAUCGAACCUUCAAUAAGUCCUAGAAUAUGCGCCUUGAGCGCCGCUAAGAAAAAGAAAAAUAGCCGUAGGAGUGUGCAGAAGGAUAAUGAACUACACAUAUCAGAGGGCAGACCUUGUGGCUCAGCACCUCAACUGACGUGA